AUGGAGGCUCACGGAGUUCCGCUGAACACACUCAAGGACUGUCUCCAGUUCUUGCUGUGGUUGCAUAGAGAUGAUGGUAAGCAACAACAGGUGGCCGAAGUGCUGUUUAGACGUAUUGAUACGUAUUAUCAAAAGAAUGCUAACUACCUCUCCAUAGGCAACGUUAAAAAGGCCUUGUCCCCGUUCCUCGACCAGGCGUCACAUUUCUAUACGAGGUUAUGCUAUAAAGUAGAUACAGUCAAUUAUAACGGCAGUAGAGCAGAGGAAAUUGUAAAAGCACUGCUCGACUGCGUUCCUAAGUUCCUCGCUGCGAUAUAUUAUCUUUGGUACUGCGUAGAUAAUACCUUUAGAUCGCUGGGCGGUGGCACUUGGGAGUUGGACUGGCCUGGGGGGGAAAGAGGUGGAUGGUUGACACGUUAUUGGGGCGGUCAACUGCAGGAUUACCUCAGAGCGGAACCAGGCGCUGACUAUGGCGGAAUUAUACCCGGAGGGUUUGGUUACGGGGAGGUGAGAUAUUAUACAUUUUGGGGUGGCUACCCCCAGGGUGCUCAAAUGGCUCCGGACCUUAGAAACCUUUUGGACAAAGAGCACCACAACUUUUUCCGGGACGUGUUUGUCACGUCCGUUAUUGAGGACUCUGGCACCCAUAAGGAGAACAUGGCGAACGCUCUUGAGUUGGUGAGAAAGUUUUGCGAGAUUGUUGAACAAGAAAGGGAACCCACCGGCGGUACCUUAAUAACAAAAUUGAAUGAAGGUUUAAACAAACAAUGGGGAUCAAGGGACAAAUCCAUAUGCUGGAAAGACUUACAUUCCCAUUGCGCUAAGCUUGAAGAACAAUUCAACAAAUUGUUCGCCGAAAAACGCUUCGACUUCACGGGCCAGUCAACGGGACUUGAAAACCUCAAGAAAGAGGAACUUGCAGUCGAAGCUGCGAAAUGGUUCCGAACGAAUCUGAUCCUUGUGCGGGGGAAUUUGCAGCAUAUUAAAGUAGAUGCAGCGGCGAGCAGGGAUCUUGGCAAAUACUUUACCAAUCAUCUCUUCCCCUACGGAUUCACAUUCGAUGGAAGAAAACGCUUUCAAAUAACGCCAAGCGAAGCGAAGAAAUUGCCGAAGGAAUUGUCCGAUGUAAUCAGUGGGCUUCAAAAAUCUAGUGACGGCGAUUUGGAUAGGCUUAAAGAUAUUUUAGAUGGUAAAGAAAGAAGACAGUGUCCAGAAGAUGAUAGCAAGAAAGCGGAGGGAGCACAGAACCAAGGCAAGAAAGUGGAGGGGAAUCCAACCCAAGAUAGCAGUCAAAGUGCAGAUACGUCUUCAGGUACAUCAGUUGGAGAUUCUCCUGCCCCAACUCCGUCUCCCAGUGAUCCUGGACUCCCCGGCCCCGCUGGUCAGCCAAGUGAUACGGUUCAGGGUCCAACGUCCGUUGACACUCCAGGUCCACAGCCUACUUCCCCUCCAGUCACUGUGCUCACUCAGCCUACGAGUGUUCCAGGUUCAGACUCUUGGCCAGCUGGUGAUCAGGGGGCUGGCACACAAGGUGGUGGAGGGCAAGAUGUUGGUCCAGGCUCCGGUCACGAUUCAAGCAGCGGCGCUACUCCGUCGGAUGCCACGGGGCCUGGUGGAGCUGGAGUUGGAGGGGGUGGGUUGACUGAGGGGACUGAUGGAGGGGGUCACCUUCAACUUGGCCGGCUGUAUCUCUAA